AUGGCGGAAAAAUCAAAGUUCCCGGUGCUAAAGGUGAGUUUUCUAUGAAAAAAUCGAUGUGAAAUCUUUUGUGGACAAAUCUUUGUCUAAAUUAAUAUAAUUAUAAGUUUAUAAAAUUAAUUUUUUUCAAAAAAUCAAAAAAAUUUUUGAGAUUUUUUAGCAUUUUUUGAUUCAAAAAUCUCAAAAAAUUCUGUAUAACGCGGUUCAAAGAUCUUUAAAAUUUUGUAAAAUGCUGUAGUUUUAUUUUUAUUUCAAGUUUUUAUCAACUUUUAUUAUGUUCUGUGACACUUUCUGCCAAUUCUUUAUCCCCAAAAACUUGUCAUCCUUUUCGCAUCAAAACAAAGUCCGUCCCGUGAAAGUGGCAGUUUUUAUGCACGUUGUCAGUUUAUUUCAAAUCUACACAACAUUUUUUGGGGAAAAUCAGAUAAUGAAUAACGGAAAAGCCGUUUUUUUGGGGAGAGAGAAGCGAUAUUCGCUUGAAAAUUCUCGGAUUUCUCAAAAAUUAAUGAAAUUCUUGGGGGGAAUUGAUGAUUUGUCAAGUCUAAUGGGCUUGAUUCAGGUUGUUUUAGGAUUUUUAGUGGCAUGAGAUGUCUGCCAUUGCUGAAUUUAUCGUAUUUUACAACUUUUUUAAAAUUUUUUAGUCAUCAUUUCCUCUCAAAUUAAAACUCAAUUAUCUUGCCUUAGGCAAUAUGAAUUUUCUUGAAAUUUUGAAGUAUGAGAAUAGAGUUCAUAUGUAAUCACUGGAGUAAAAUUUUUGGUAUUAUCUCUGUUUGUCUUACUGUAACAUCAAUUUUUCCGGAAGCUUUGGUUUUACAAGAACUUUUUAAUUUUCCUUUAGAAAUAUGCAAAUUUUUGGGUUUUUCGGAUACAAAAAUAAUUUUUAUAUAAGUAUUAGAGUAUAGUUACUCUGUAAUUUAUCUUUUUUUCAUUUUAUUUCCAAAAAAUCAAAAAAAAAAUGAAAUUUUUCAAAAAUUUUACGUUAUUGAUAGUAAUUCCCUUAUAAGGCAUCAAAAAAUGCUUUCAACACGUAUCCAAAAAAGCCCAUUCGGCUCCAAGGACAAGUCUCUAUUUCUAUUUUCCUCCAAACCCAAUAAACAUUCCUCCAAAAAACAAAAAAAGAAGGAGAAACAGGUUUGGGAGUUAUUUCAAGAGUCGCACUAAAAUUUUGAAAAAAAUUGGAACAGAACCGGACGUUGAGAAAAAGUCAAGAGUCUCGGAUAAGAAGUUUGCUCCCCAAAGUUUUGAAAUUUUAUGGGUGAGUUGAGCGAGUCGGAAAGUUGAAAUUGAAGAAGUUCUGGGAAAUGGGAAAUUUAGGGUAUUUUUGUGAAUUUUUGGGGAAAUUUUUUUUGGGCAAAAUAUUUUUGAAUUUGAGAAUGGUAAAAAAUCUCAAAUUUUUGUCAAUUUUAGAUAAAAAAAUUUGGCCAAAAUAUAAAACUUUUCUAUGGAAAAUGGUAAAAAAUCUCAAUUUUUUUCCUUUUUCGACCUAAAAAUCUCGAUACUUUUUGCAAAGCGCGAGCUCAAAAUCUCAAAAAUAUCUUAAAAUAUCCUAAUCUAAAUUUGUCCCCAGCUUUAUUAAAAUGACUAAACUUCUAUUUUUGACGCGACUUUUCCGGUCAGCUCGGGUCAACGCUACUAUGGAUCGCACCGGUUCGUCGUUGAAUGCAUUAGAUAGGCUAGAAGAAGGCUUAGUUCAUAGAAAUAAUACGAUUGAUCGGGUCCUAGGAUAUCUUCUCAUCUAUUUUGAUGUAUUAUUUUACAUGUACUUACAUCAAUAAUAUCUAGAUAAAAGUUACGGAUCUUCGUUUUUGGCCGCAACUUUUGAUCCUUCGUAUGUUACAAUACUUCAGGAAAAAGAAAACUAACGUUGGUAAUAGCUAAAAUUAGAAAAAAUGGACAUAUUGCAAGUCUUCGCCAAGGCUCCGCCGAGCCUUCGCCGAGCCUUCGCCGAGCCUUCGCCGAGCCUUUGCCGAGGCUUUGCCGAGGCUUCGCCGAGCCUUCGCCGAGCCUUCGCCGAGCAUCCAACGGCUUUACCAGACCUCUUAGGCACUUCUUACAAACUUUUUUUGGGUAUCCACCUGUCCGACACCCAAAAAAACCGUAUUGAUCGAUUUUCUGUUGACCCGAACUGUCGUCGACCCGAAAAGACGUGUUAUUUUUUCGAUUUUUUCUUCUCUAUUUUUUGAAUAUUGUCUAAUAGUCUAACUAUGACAAUAAUUUUGAUUGCCUCAUCAACCAAAAUCACCUCAUAAUCUCCACCCAAUAACCAGAAAAAUCAUUUUAUCGUUUGCUGCAAAAGUUUCCGCCAAAAAUCGCCGGCGCCAAUUGUUAAUUAAUUUCGACGCUCUUCUCCAAUUUCUCCACUUCUUUUUUUUAAUUUUCGAUUUUCACGGUUGAGCGGCGGACGAGCUUGUUUUCAAGCGCACAAUACCCGAAAUCACUUUGCGAGCGCGGAUCUUAGCCCAUCUCGUUUUGCAGGCUGGGAAUGGGUUACUGUUCGCCCCGCCACCGGCUACUGGAUUUCCGAUCCCACACGGUUGUUCCGAAGACUCUUUUUCGGGGAGUUUGAGGAAGAUGGCGCUAGAAAUUGAGGUGAAGAUGGGGUUAACGGGCAAGGGGUUUAUGGGGUUUGGAGGGGGAAAUGGGGAGUUCACCAUCUACUAGUCUGUUGCUGGAGUGAUUUUUGGCAUGUGCAGAAAAAUUCAGAGUGCUAGCGACAAACGAAAAAAGCCUAUUGCACGGUGCAAAAAGCAAAAAAUUUGCACAGUGCAAAAAAAAAAGUUUUGUUUUCGCAUAGUGGAUGUCGCGAAAAUCACUCCAGCGACUUUGCGAACGCGAUAGCAUGUAAAACACGCUUUUUUAGCUCAGAAAUAUUAUUGAAGAUUUUUGAGAUUUUUUGGAAAAAUGUGAAAAAUUAAAAUUUUGAGUGGUAAGGGGGGACCAAGGCAACUUUUUUGGUUUUUUUGGAUUUUUUUGGAAAUUUUUUUAUUGUUUCUCGUCUGCUAAUAUGAAGAAUGGGCUAAAACUUUGAGGAUUUAAUUCAUGUCCGAAUUCUGUCAUUUUAACAAAAAAAUUUUUUGAUUUCCGAAAAAAUUUUUUUUGUCAUCUUACCAAAGAUGUCUCAUUUUUCCAACAAAAAAUCACCAAAAUGUCCUACAACGUCCAAAUCAUUCUUUCUCUUUUUUCCUAGCCCUCUCUUGUUGGCGAUUUUUGAGAUUUUUUGAAAAAAUGUGAAAAAUUAAAAUUUUCAGUGGUAAGGGGGGACCAAGGCAAUUUUUUUGGAUUUUUUUAUUGGAAAUUUUUUUAUUAUUUCUCGUCUGCUAAUACAAAGAAUGAGCUAAAACUUUGAGGAUUUAAUUUACGUGCGAAUUCUGUUAUUUUAACCGAAAAAAAUUUGAUUUCCGAAAAAAAAAUUUUUUGUCAUCUUACCAAAAAUGUCUCAUUUUUCCAACAAAAGAUCAUCAAAAUGUCCUACAACGUCCAAAUCAUUCUUUCUCCUUUUUCCUAGCCCUCUCUUCAUUUCAUGUCACAACGGAUCGUUUUUUGCGUGUUUAAUCGGACGCAAUUUGAAUGCAGAAGAAAGCGAUCAUUUCAGCGAACAAAGGGAGAAUUUCGACUCCAAUACGCGGCUAAUUUUCGUGAAACAAACGAAGGAGAAAAAAUGAAGCGGAAAAGAAUACAACACUGUGGUCACUUUGUUAGCAGACAACACGAUCGGUGUUUGGGGUUAACGGUCCGAAUGGGAAUGAGGUUUUAUCGGGGGUUUUGGCGAUUUUUUGGGGAAAAAAGGAGGAUUUUGCAAUUUUUUGAGUCAUUUUUUUGGAAUUUUCGGAGAAAAAAAAAUUUUGUAUUAUUUUUUCCAUAUUUGGCAUAUAUGGUCUAAAUUGGGUAGAAAUUAAUUGUUCAAAAUUCUAGCUUUUGCUUUUCAUUUUCCGCCGAGAAAUUCAACGAUUUUUGCUGAUGAGAGACUAUGGAAAAUGAGGAGGGUCAUUUAGAAAGAAGUUUCUCGUUGUUUCUUUUUCAAUUUUUCUGCAAAAAGUAUAGUUUUUUCAAGAAAAUUUUUAUUUUUCUUCUACGAAUCGAACAGCACUUUUCGACUCUCAAAAUGAAAAAAAAAAUUUUUUUAAUUUUUUGAAUUUUUUUGUCUUAUAAAUCCACGAUAUUUCUGAAAAACGCAUGUUGCACGUACACUGAAUUUUUUUUUCUUUAUUUGGGCAAGUUUAAUCAAAAUUUUAAAAUUUUAAAAAUUCAAAAAAAGAUGCCUUGGUCCCCCCUUACCAUUUUUUUCAAGAUAUUUUUUUAAAAUAUUUUUCCAAGAUGGUAGUAAAAUUUGUUCUCUCAAAAAAACCUUCGUCUUAUUUUUGAUUAAAACUUGGGCAAGUUUAAUCAAAAUUUGAAAAUUUUAAAAAUUCAAAAAAAGAUGCCUUGGUCCCCCCUUACCAUUUUUUUUCAAGAUAUUUUUAAAAAAUAUUUUUCCAAGAUGGUAAUAAAAUUUGUUCCCUCAACUACUACACUUUCUUCUUAUUGAUUUCUGGAUAUUUUAAUAUGUUCUUUUUCCGUCUGAUUGCGCAACAAAAUCACUUCCUUAAUUUCCAUCCUCUAUGACCGAUGAAUCAGAAGAAAGAAUCAGAAAUCCUUAUGGUCUUUGAUUUUUCUUUUGAUUCAUAAAACAACAUCAUCUUUACUAUAUCUUCGAUGUCGUAAUUAGGGCGAAUCAAAAGAAAAAAAUUAUUUUUUGUUUGUUUUUUUUCUCAUAGAACAGAAGAAACAUCUAGAACUCUUAAAUUCUUACUGUAUUUUGAGCGAAAAAUAACAAAAAAAUUGUUUUUGAUGACUCAUCAAUCCGUUGAAACAUUUUUUCCCCGAAAUUUUUUUGAUGACAUCCCGUUUGAGACGCCUUAAUAUGGGCAUUAUCAACGAAAAAAUCGGUCAAUGGGAUUCGGGAAAGAAGCCAGUUUGACCUGAGGGCUUUUGGCGGGAAAUCUUUUUUGAGAGAUUUAUGACAUUUUUUGACUUUAAUGGGGAUUUUGCUGUUGCUUUUUAUUACUUUUUUUGUAUGAAAAUUGGGGAUUUCUAAUUUAUUUUUGAAAGUUUUGCUUUUGAAAAAAAGAAUAAGGGGGGACCAAGGCAUUUUUUUUUGAAAAAAUAUGAUUCUCAGAUUUUGAUGAAACUUGGAUCAAAUUUAGAUUAGAACUUUCUAAGAUAUAUUUGAGAUUUUUAGCCCGCGCUUUGCAGAAACUGCCGAGAUUUUUGAGUCGAAAAAGGGCAAAAAAUGGAAAAAUCUUAGACAUUUUAACCUAAAAAUCUGAUUGGUUUCUGCAAAGCGCGGGCUAGAAAUCUCACAUGUCUCUUAGAAAGUUUGAAGCUUAAUUUUUCCCAAGUUUCUUCAAAAUCCGAAAGAUCGGAUUUUCAAAAAAAGAUGCCUUGGUCCCCCCUUACUAUUUUUUUUUUUUGAAAGCAAAAACUCAAAAUAUUUUUCCAAAAUAAAGUUUAGAUUUAUGCCAAAUUCUUUCAAAAAAUCCCGUCGCACCUCCAACACUUCCUCUUUAACGUAAUUUUUUGAUUUUUUUGUUAUAGCCACUCCUCUCGCGAACAAGUUCAUAAUAAUUGCCUUUGUAAUGAGUCCCGCUUAACAAAACGUCGCGAUUUUUCCCCUUUCUUCCCAUCUUUUUUUGCUUCACCGCACUUUGUGCGAUUUCAUCAAGAGCCGAAAGCUUAUCGCGAUCCAUCCACGGAUUCUCUGGUCGUUUCUCGAGGCGAUUCACGUCAAUAACACUAAUAGCUGGCUUUGGAAAGGGCGAAAAUAAGGGGGUAUUAGCUUCAACUUGUCGAUAAUUGAGGGAUAUUAGGUUGUUUUUUUUUUUGAUUAUUAUUUUUUAUUAUGCAAUAAUUGUUGUUCGCUUUGUAGUGAAAAAUAUUUAGCCGAACAUUUUUUUUGGAUUUUCCGAUUUAUUUCAGUUUCCUGUGUGCGAAACAAAUUUCAGCCUCAAUCAGAAAUAAGGUGUAAAAUUUUCCUACAAAAAAUCAAUUUUUUCCAAAUAAAAUUCAAAAAGUUAUAGGCGAAAAAACUUCUUCAACUCCGACCCUCCUCAUUUUACAUUGACUCUAAAAUCGUUUGAUAUCUCAGCUUUCAAUUCAAAUCGAAAGUUAAGAUUUUGGCAAAUCGUUACUCACUCUAUACUCUCCUUAUAUGCCAAAUAUUAAAGCAAUCCAGCCAUUUCCCUGUGAGAUAUCCCUUUUCAAAUUUUCACCCCCAAAAGAUCUUUGCUCUCAACUUUCUAGAAACUUUCCCCUCAAAAUCAGAUGAUUUAUGAGUCUAUGAUUUAGACCGUCCCAUUAUAUCAUCGCUUUUCCCAUAAUUUCAAUCAAACCCCCGUUUCCAACAGCAUUCGUUGCCCUAUUCUUCGAAGAUAUAUUGCUCAUGGAUCAAUGACUCGCCUCUAAAUCGAUUAUCACCCUAUUCUUCGGACGGGCUGUGUCUAUUUCCUUAUUUGUCCUGUCUAGCGGCGAUGUCAAGACCAUUAUGUCACAGAAAUGAAUAGAGGGAAGCUCUGGGGCUCGGUAUUUUUGGUGGGGCUAAAUUUUUAUGAUCAUAGGGUAUAUUUUGAUAAAUUAGAAGGGCUCUUGGUAAAUUGCCAAUAACUUUGGUAGAAAAAGUAGUGUUUUUAAAAUUAUUGCUUUUUUCUAUGGCCCAUGAGACUAUGUUUAAAAUGUACAAAGGAUUUUAUAUUAUCUCUUUUAACAGCGGAGAUAUUUGGAUAUUAUAUUAGACAUUAAAAAUGAAGGUCCUCAAAAUUCAAAUAGAAAUUUCUCAAAGUGCGACGCUCAUAUUUCCUUGAUAUUUGGCAUGUCUAUUCUCAAUACCAUGGUUAACAAUUGGCAAAAACUUUAGCUAUCCCUUUAAAUAUGCUGCUGAGAUAUUCAACGAUCUUUCCAGUAGCCAGCUAGGAAAAUAACGCAACUUUCAACUUGAAAAUUUCAGCAAUCCAAAGGCAUUAUAGCCCCGCCAGGAUUCAAAUCGAGCUCUAAUAUGCCCUACUGACAACAAAAAUAUUCCUCCUCUAAAUAUGCGCAUCAUCUAUUGAGAGAAAGUCAUCUUUAUUUUUGACCUUCACCCCUUACCUCAUUAAACCGGGCAGUCGUCUAAUUUCAAGAACUCUUACCGCCAUCUCGCUACCCCUUAGACCACCCUCAUUCGUUAUACGGAACGUCCAGUUUGAAACCCUUCCCCAUCCAUCGGUUCUAAGGAUUCCAGAACCCCCCGAUCUUUUCGCUGCGCGCCGAAAAAAAAACUUUCCUUUUGUACCUGAACAAACGAUCGCCCUCGCCGCGCUCCCUCGCCCUCCCCCCGACGAUGAGUAAGGUGCGGCGAGGACGCGGCACCGCGGGUUUAAGAGAUGGCUUUUCGAUGCCAAAACGAAUCGCGGGGUCCGUUGUUCGAAGCGAUUUUUCAGCGUUUGGCGACUUUUUCGGACCGAAAACCCGGGUCCCACUUCGAAGUGGGGGGAUUCUUCCGACAAAAGGCCCGGCUGAAAGAUCGUUCGUUAUGGGGGUUGUGGAAGAAAGUUUCUUUUGACACAACAGUUGGCGGCGCUUAUGAGGGAUGUUUACGUCGGGCUUGAGUGGUUUUUGGACGAUACAGUCACAUCUGUAAAGUUUUUGAUGCACUUUUUUGGAAUUCUGAUGACUAAUGUAAUACGCGGACAACCACGAAACUAAAUGUUUCUGUUGUAAAAUCAUUUCGAGGCUGUAUAGACCAUGCUUCUGGCUGUUAUAAAAAAUAAUCUUCAUUUGUAUAAAUCUGCACAGUGGAUCUUAAUUUUUGAAAUUUACAAAUUUUUGGUUGGAUUUUGAUGUCAUGAAUAAUAUUCAGAUUUCUUCUUUGGCUUUGAGGGGUUUGAAAAUUCCUUAAGAAAUUUUGUAGAGGAUUCUUUAAGCUGUUAAAAAAAAUUAAUUGCUUUUUCUCACCAUUACUUUCCAACAAGUUAUCGCCAUAUUAAUUUAAGUCAUUAAAAAAUCGAAAAAUUACGUAUUCAUCCAAAAAAUCGGUUUUAAAAAAGUUCUUCCCUACUAAAUACCCCCAACAAGCAUCUCAACGUCUUCUACAUUGCUGAUCGCCCUCGAUUCAUCUUAUUUUUACUGUUCCCGUCAACAUUAUCAAUACAAAAAUCUCGUUUCUCUCUCUCCUGUUGUGAGGUUAGUCGGAGACUUCUUUAUAGCGAAAAUCAUCCCUUUUCGGGAGGGGUUUUGGGGGUAACCUUGGCGACGAAACCCUUGGAAAUUGUCGUAUUCCAGGUAUUUUUAUUAUUUCUUUGGGAAUUUUAAUUAACUCUCAACUCGAUUGGUCGUAAACUGUGGGAGCGAGAGGGUAACUGAUUAUAAAUGGUUUCCAAAACGUUUUCGUAAUUUAUAUGGGUUCAUGCGCGUUUUGUCGCCUUGUUUGUAGCUUUAGCCAGCUAAAUCACUUUCGAAAUAUCAUAUGUUCAAUUGCAAAAUCAUCUACCGUCCUUCGCAAGUCUUUUGCUUCCAUUUAUGAUCAUCCCCAGCUGUUGAUUCAUCCGAAUAUAUUUGCUUCUUAUUAUAACCCUAUUCCCAGGCCUUUUUUUGCGAAUUUCCAUUUCCAAUCACACUGUUUACGGUCAGCAAAGUCUCGGCAUAAAGGAAGAGAGUCUAGGGUAUCUUCUGAGAGUUAUUCGAGACAAAGAAAAGCCUAAUAUUAUACUUGACGAGCAGUUUUUGCGAUUUGGUGACAUGAUGUCAAGUGUAAUAUAAAAAAGAGCUCGGUAUAUGUUUUAAUCAUUGCCAAUAGAGUCUCUUUAGUAUGCUAAAGAUUUUGAAUACCUUAUAAAAGAAUUAGAAUAUCAAUUUGUCAAGAAUAUUAUCCAUGAAGGCCAAUUUUUCAAUUUGAUGACUUAAUGUCAUGGUUAAUAUAAUUUUGUGUCAAAUUGAGACUUAUUCAUCUUUUCUUACUGUGAUAACUGAAUAACAGUGUCUAUGGUACAUUCAAAAUUCAUUUUCACAUCCAUUUACACAUUACAUUAUCCUUACCACUUCUUUUUCUCAAUUCUUUCACUUGAUGUCAUGUGCAACACAAGUGGAGGCUCGAAAUGCCUCUUACUCAUCCCGAAAUGCAUAUUUUUCCAUUUCCUGCACGACCCCGGUCCAACAGGUCGCUCGGGUGUCCUUAAUGAGCGAGCCCACAUGUCCCGUCGCCCGACCUCCACCUCCCGAUCAACCCUUGGUUUGCCCCGUCUAAAACUCCCUGCCCGACCAUCUAAAGGCACCCAUUCCAUAAGGGCCCUCGCUCAAUUUUUUUGCAUAAAACCGCACUGGCAAAGGUCAAAGUCUCGGCGCGUUUGGGGAGGCGAUCCGCCACUAAUGAGCUGCGCCGAAAAUCGCACAAUUUCCCAGGGAAAAAGGUCCGAAAAAAGUUUUUGCGCGGCUUAUUAUCCACAUUCAGCGCCACCGAGUGCUAGAAUUAACUGCUUUAUUGGAUUUUUGUGGCCUUUGGACCAUCUUUUUGGCUAAUAUCAUGCUCUAGACCAUCUUUUUUUGAGUUAGACCACUUGGUUUUGCAUAAAUAAUGUUUUCCAAUUUUGCAUAAAUAAAAUCUGCCAAGAUUUCCGGCGGAAACGAGCCGUGGAAACUUGUGGCCACUCCCGAGGUCAUUUCGUCGACCCUCAAAUUUGUUAAGCCCACUUGAAUUCCGAGUCAAGUGGACUUUCUGGGAAUUCGCGGAAAUUUAAAUAAAUUUACCAUUUUCUCGCGGAAAAUAAUGGCUAGAGUUGAUGCUUGGGGUUCUAAAUUUUGUUUGACAGCAUUAUUUUCGCUUUUCUGAAGAUUUUUCGCAUUUUAGACAGCAAUUUGAAAUUUCCAAUAAUUUUUUGACACUUCGUCGCAUUCUUUGACAUUCCGUCUAAAUUGUUUUCUCGUUUAUUGUUUGGUUGGGGGAAGCUAAAAUUGGACGAUUCCCUUGAUUUUCUUCAAUUUUUUUGACUAAUUUGCAUUCAUUUCCAGGCCAUGCCCCUUCCCAACGGCCAACAGCCACUCCGCAUUCCUCAGCCCCCAUCGCACAGCCGCCAAAACUCGGCGCUCGGACAACGAUACCGGCAUUGUGCGACGCCGUCCACCUCGUCGCUGAGUUCCGUCACAACAUUCCCCGCUGUGCCCGUCCAACCGCAAUCCUCCGUCACCUCGUUGCCCGUCUACAGCAGCGAACCGGGCGUGAAUCGACGGGUCUAUCCGCAAACGCAGUCAACGUCGACGUUGCCCACCCGAAGAAAUGAGUACAACGCCGCGAAUCGACAGAAUUUGGAGAGAAUGAGGUAUGUUGAGCUUUGUUAUUGGUUUGUUCUUGUUUUCAGAUCAGGCGGGUUGGGAUUUCUUACGAAUAAAAAGAGUUUUCAUCGAUAUUAUUCAUGGUAGAUCAGGUCUGAGAGUUUUGGUUGUUUCUCAGAAUCUGCUGGUUAUUUUUUCUAGAUUUUUCUAGCAAACGUCCAGUAUAGUUUUUCAUAGCUUUAGUUAUGAUUUUAGGGUUCCUUUGACACUUUGCACUUUAGGAAUUUACAUUAGGUUUAUGUUUUGUUUAGGUCUCGAAAUUUUGUUUUUUGCCUAAAAUUUUAUGUAUUUUUUGGCUAGACUUUUUUACUGAGUUAUUUUUACGACUUUCCAAAGGUCUCAGAAAAUUUUUACGGCUUGAACUUGGAUCUCCAUAUUGGGAUAUUACUUUAGACUCAGAUGUCCGCCUCCAGUAAAAUUUGAUAUUCUUUUACUUUCAUUUGCAUUUAAAUCUCUUCCAUGCCCCUUUAAAUUGCCCAGUGAACCUUUGUACGUCACAUUUACCCUUUAAAAUUUCGUUGACCAUCAAUUUGCAUCGCUUUCCCCAUUACUCACUGAUAAUCGCCAAAUGAAUCAAAAAUUUCGGGGUUUUAUCGUCGAUUUUACAGCGCAGUUUCCGGUGCUUUUGCCCGUUUUGGAAUGGGAAGAGAUCUCAUAAAAUAAUACGAUGCAAAUUUCCUUCCAAUAUCUUUUUUGUUCUGCACUGGAAAUUAGUUGUAUUUUCCGUGGGGGUUUUUUGCAUCUUCCAGUUAUUUUUUGUUUUGUUGUUGUUCUUCAGAGUGGUCGCAUGGUUCCUUAUUUAGUUGGGAGUGGAAACGGGUUGAUUUAUGGCCUUUUUGAAACAUUUUUUGGCUGGAAAAGGGGAAAAAUUGAAAAUUUUUGAAGUUUUUUCUAACAAAGAAAGUACUUCUAUGGGGUAUGGAGUUACAGGUCGAGACAUAUCAAAAAAAUCGCAAAAUUUUUCGGAUUCAGAUUGUGCAAAAAUUAGCUGCCCAAUUUUGGUUUGUAAGGGCGAAAAAAUCCUCAGAACUUUUCUCGCAACACCACGCAAAUGCAUUUUUGACCAAUUUUUUACCAAAUCAAAAGCUUUGUUUGGAGCUGAAGUAAUCCCUGGCAUCUUGACAAGCCUUAAAAUAUCAAAUUUGAUUAAUACUACACCUUAAUUGGAACUACUAAUUAAGGUGUAGUAUUAAUCAAACUUGAUAUUUUAAGGCUUGCCGAGAUGCCAGGGUUUACUUUAGCUCAAAACAAAGCUUUUUAUUUGGCAAAAACUUGGUCAAAAAGACAUUUGUGUGGUGCUGCGAGACAAGUUCUGAAGAUUUUUUCACCCUUACAAACCAAAAUUGGGCAGGUAAUUUUUCCAUGUUCUGAAUCCGAAAAAUUUUGCGAUUUUUUGAUAUAUGUCUCGGCCUGUAACUCCAUACCCCGUAGAAGUACUUUCCUUGUGAAAAACUUCAAAAAAUUGGAAAAUUUUUGAAUUUUUUCUCAAAUUUGUGUUUUUUUAGUUACAACGACUUGAUGGACUUGGCAAAACGUCAACAAUUGCAACUGCAGGCACAACGAUCCGAAUUCGAAGACCGCCGGCAGCAACAAAACGACUUUUUCCACGCCAAAUCCAAUGGAUUGAAUGUCCCGGAAGAGGUGAAUAAUCUCCGCCAACAGAUCCGACUGGACGAAGCCCAACUCCAACGGCAAGCCAACGCCCGCAGAGAGGUGGAGGAACUGGUCAGGCAGAACGAAAUGGCCAGAGGGCAAUUGAAACGCCUUGAGAAUCAAUACGAUGCCACGGAUCAGUAUCUGAGGCAAGCCACCGCCAAAGUUCACACUCUGAAACAACAAAUGGACCAGCUGCAGGCGAGAAGGGCCGCUGCGGCCAAUGCCGCGAUCGCACAGCAGCGAUUGGUCAACGUGAAGGGCAACAGUGAGAAUGAUGGGAUCUACGGGCAGAUCAAAAAACCGGCCGCGGUUCGGCCGCAAGCUCAAAUUGGACCUUUCCAAGUAAGAUUCGGUCUUUUAGAGUAUUUUUAUUGUAUUUAGAGUAAUUUGGUCUGUGUUUACAUUGUUAAAUUUGGAUUUCUCACUAUAAUUUACCUUAUUUUAGGUCCAAAUUGCUCAAACUCGCCUUGUCAACGAAAAACCCCCUCCGCCGUCGUAUGAUCAAGUUGAUGCCUCAGCGUAAGGACAUUGGCUAUCUUUUAAACUUAUUUUUUAAUUGAUUGAAUUUGGGAUUUUGCAUUUUUUGACCUUAUUUUAGCUUGAUCCCACCUAAUUUUUCAUUUUCAGCUAUCACAGCCUGGAAAAGUCGCAUUAUCACCCCAUCGGCCGCCGCGUGGCCCAUGCCCCUACCCCAACCUACAACGAGAACCCGUGGAUCCUGCGAACGCCCGCCGUCGACAACUUUAGCAUCCGAAAUGACUCCCUGAAAGCGGCGAAACGACGCUCUUGGGCCCACGUCGACCCACCCGAGAAGCUCCGCGCCGGCGAGGAUGUGUACGGCACCAGCUCGAGCGGCAACUCAAUCCUCAAGAAAAUUGUUGAGGAGCAAAAGAAGGGCCGCCGACAGCUUUCGUUGGCCUCGAUCUUUGGCCGGACGAAGAAGGUUGAAGAUAAGAAGAAAAAAGUGGAAAAAGAGAAGAAGGAAAUAUCGAAACCAAUCAUUUUGGACAAUAAUCAGAGAGUAUCCAGCCCACAGUUGGUCCCCAGAGAUGUUGUUGGCAUGGAAUUGGCGAAUCGACAAAGAUUUGGCGAAAAUUCGGCGGAAAAUCGCCUGAAAUUUGAAGAAAGCGAGAAAAAUCGGCCGAAAUUCCCAGUGAAUUUGAAGGACAAUGCUUACAAGGCGGAUAGAAUGACUCCUACUGGUGUUAGAGUAGAGAAUCGACCAGAAUCCAAUGGAUUCGCAGAGCAGAAAAAACUAAAAUACGAUCAGAAUUCGAAGGAUGAGGAGGAAAAGGUGUGGAGUCAAGAUCAAUUUAAUAGAGUGAAGUUUGAUGAGAGCCGGCAGAAGUUUAAUUCUAAGCAAAGCAAUGGGUUAUCGGCGGUGAAAUCGGCGGAGAGCCAGCCAAAAGCCGUGAAGGACCUAAAUCAAGGUAAAAUUGAGAAAGACGAGCUCGCACCGAUCGUUGUGGCCGAAUGCGAUUCGGACAAGGAACUCAAUGAAGAGCCAAGCCCAUCAACCUCGACUCAGAGCACUCCGCCGGAGCCUCCGACCUUCAAGGAAAAGGAAAAUGAGGAUAUUGUGUUAUCCAUGAAGGACAAGGAGAAGAUUGAGAAAAAUUCGAAUGAAAAAGAAACGAAAUGUGAGGAGAUUGUGGUCGAGAAUGAAGAACAGACUGUUGUUGAUCGGAUUGAGGACAAAGAAUUAGAAGAAGACCCGGACAAGCAACGGCUAAGCUCGGUUUCGCCCCCGGAAGACCCAAAAAUCAAGGAAAGUGUCUUUGAUGAGGAAAAAGAGGACUGGAAAGAGUCGGAUGAAGAAUAUGAAGAGACUGUACACUCUCCUAAGGUCGUGAUAGAGACACUGACAACCGAUGAGCACGCUAUGCGAGAAGCAACCAAGGAAAUUAUCGAACAAAUGCAACAGCUCACCUACGAACCCAAAAGCAUCAUUAUUGGCGAGGACGACGAAGAAGACGAGAAAAAUUUGUUCCCAAUGGAAGCUCAGAGCUCCACGGAAGAGAUCAGCUCCAAUGAUGAGAGUGUUUCAACGACGGACGAGUUUUUGGUAAGCAUUUUUUAAUUUUUGGGGGUUGGAUUUUGUUUUAGCCUAAAAUAAGGUGAUUUUGUAAAAAUUUUUAGAUUUUUGUUUCAAAAUUGUUUCUAACCUGGUUGAUUAACGACUCUUCUAUUCCAGUUUGACGAAAUCUCUCGCCCAUCCCUCAAGGGAAUCCUCAAAAGACAGACGGAUCAAAAGAAGCCCAAGAAGAAGAUGGUCUUUGAUCCAUUGGUCCUUUUCUUGGACGCUGCACUGGAGGGCGACCUCGAUUUGGUCAAAGAAAAGGCCGCGGAAAUCCCGGAUAUAUCUGGAGGAAGCGAUGAGGGAAUUACGGCUCUUCAUAAUGCUAUUUGCGCGUCACAUAUCGAUAUCAUCCGGUAUUUGAUCGCCAAUAAUGCAGAUGUGAAUGCACAGGUAAGAUGGGGGGAUUUUUGAAGGGGGUAGGGUAUGAGGGGAUCCUAGAGGGUCUGGGUUGAAAUUUUUGAGGCAGGUGGGGUAAGGGGGGAUCGGGAUUUUUUAUAUUUUAGGAGAGAAAUGGAAGAGGACCUGAUUUUUUUUGUUUUUCUUUUGAAAUUUUGAUACUAUUAGAUGAAAAAGGUGCCUGAAAGUUUGUAAUAUUCAAUUUUGAUUAUCUGAAAUUCCAAUUUCAGGACGCGGACGGCUGGACCCCUCUGCACUGUGCCGCUUCUUGCAACAACUUCCCCAUUGCCAAGAUGCUCAUCGAAAAUGGCGCAUGUGUCUUCGCGACCUCGUUGAGCGACGGAGAGACCCCAUCGAACAAAUGUGAAGCCUCCAUCGAUGGGUACGGCGGUUGCGCGGACUUUUUGGCGAUUGUGGAAAAGUGCAUGGGCAUCAUCAAUAAUGGAAAGGUAAGAGGAGCUCAAAUAAUAUAAUUUUUGAAAGUUCUUGAAUUUAUUUUUGGAUUUUAAAGUGUAUAGUUGAUUUUUGAAGGGAGAUGAGAGUUUUGGAGGGAGAUUUUGUAAGUGGUGUAAGAUGGGGCCAUUUUUGAAAUUUUUUUUUAUUUAUUUUUUUUUUUGAUUUUUUUUUGAAUUUUGAUGUGAGAGUGUAAUGUUGACGGUAGAAAAGUAAUUUUUGAUCAAUUCCAGGUCUACACCGCCUAUUCCUACGAAGCCAACAACGACGACGAGCUCAGCUUCCAGGCCGGCGAAGAAUUGAAAGUUUUGAACAAAGACACCGGAGAAAAGAACCAUUUCCACUACCAACGGCUCUACUACCAAACCCCGGACCCCUCCCUGUAUGAGGACUCGUUGUGGUGGCUGUGUGAAAACCGCAAAGGCCAGAAAGGCCUGGUCCCGCGCAACUUUUUGACCCUCUUCCCGAUCUGGAAAUUUGUGGAAACGCUGAACUUCAAGCCUUUCAAUCUCCCCUCAAAUGAGCUGGCCCUGGACGCGGCACUCAAGGAAUUGACGACGGAUGCCCGCAGGGAGUCAUCGUCGACGUUGGACCCCAAUGAUGCAACCAAUUCCACGACGAGCUCCAUUUCCAACGAGAAACGCCAGGACGACCAAAACAGCCAAACUUCGACCUCUUCCCUGGAGGAACCCGAGUCCCCACCCCCACUACCACAGCCUCAGGACUUUGAUCAGCCAUCGCAGAUCCGCGCCAAUGCAUAG